UAAUAACCACGCACCCUGUGGCGUAGAGUAAGAGUAGCCCGCUGCCUUGCCACAUUCUGCGGCUUUUUCGGUCCAGUACGGUCGGGGGAAAGACCAGACCGAAAUCUCUCCUACGUUGGGAGUUCGCAGUGCUUCAAGGGUGACCAGGCGUCUGCUGCGAUGUUAACACAGAGCUGAAGCUACAGAUCUGCUGGCUCUGAUAGAUGACAGCACACACCAGUCAUGGAGUUCAACAAAUUGAAGACAUUGUGGAUAUUUUGCUUGUGUCUCGUUGGAAAAAGUUGGACUGAAAGAUCUACAUCAGACAAUCAUAUUGUUGAAAAUGGCGUGUCGGAUUUUUGUCGCAUCGAUGAGAAGCUUUGCAACGAUGAGAAUGAAGUUCUCAGCUACGAGGCGAUCCGUAGUAUUCACAAGCAGAUGGAUGAUGACGCAAACGGCAAUGUAGACGUGUCCGAGACAGACGGCUUCCUGAGAGAAGAUCUUAACUACCAUGACCCCAAGGCCAAGCACAACACCUUCCAUGGUGACGACCAGUUCAUCAGUGUGGAGGACCUGUGGAAGGCCUGGAAGGGCUCUGAAGUGUAUAAUUGGACAUUGGAUGAGGUGGUGGAAUGGCUCAUCACUUAUGUGGAACUGCCACAAUAUGUCGAGGCCUUUCGCAAGAUGAAUUUUAAUGGAAGCGUCAUGCCAAGGCUGGCUGUUAAGAACACCUCCCUGACGCUCUCUAUUCUGAAGAUCCUGGAUCGCAGCCACGUGCAAAAGUUGCAGCUCAAAUCUUUGGACACCGUGCUGUUUGGAGCACCCCUGAUGAAUAGACAUAGCCACUUGAAGGACUUCAUGCUGGUUGUGUCAAUAGUCAUUGGCAUGGGUGGCUGCUGGUUUGCCUUCAUCCAGAAUCGCUACUCUAAGGAUCACAUGAAGAAGAUGAUGAAGGACCUGGACGGCCUGCAGAGAGCUGAGCAGAGCCUGCAUGAUCUGCAACAGAAGCUGCAGAUCGCCCAAGAGGAGCACCGUACGGUAGAAGUGGAGAAGGUGAACCUGGAGCAGAAGAUGAGGGAUGAGAUUGACUCAGCCAAGCAGGAGGCCCAACGUCUGAGGGAGCUGCGCGAGGGCACAGUGAACGAACUGAGUCGCCAAAAGUAUGCAGAGGAAGAGCUGGAUCAGGUGCGCAUGGCGUUGAGGAAAGCAGAGAAGGAGCUGGAGUCCCGGAGCAGCUGGUCCCCUCCAGAGUCUCUGCAGAAGUGGCUGCAGCUCACCCAUGAGGUGGAAGUGCAGUACUACAACAUCAAGAAGCAAAAUGCUGAACGGCAGCUCCUGGUGGCCAAAGAAGGGGCAGAGAAGAUAAAGAAGAAGAGGAACACUCUCUUUGGGACUUUCCACGUGGCUCACAGCUCCUCUCUGGAUGAUGUGGACCACAAAAUACUGUCUGCAAAACAAGCCCUGGGUGAGGUGACGGCUGCUCUGCGUGAGAGGCUUCACCGUUGGCAGCAGAUCGAGAUCCUCACCGGCUUCACCAUCGUCAACAACCCCGGCCUCCCUUCUCUGGCCUCGUCCCUCAACCUUGAUGGCAGCCACUCGAGCGGCAGAGCGACGCCUCAGCACUUCAUGAUGUCUGAGGACAUGGACGACAUGGACGAGGAUUUCGUGCCUGGAACUCUGCAAUCUCCCAGUAUGAUGUCUCUGCGCCAACGCCACAUUGACCCCCAGUUGGCCAUGGGCUCCCAGAGAGACCUAAAUCGCUCGGACUCUGACUCCUCCCUGUCUCUCUCCCAAGUUGGUGAUCGGCUAUCUGCCUACAGCUCCAAAGGCCACCUUAUCAAGCCCGUCUCUCUCAUGCACAGCAUAUCUGGUCGGGCAGAUGACACCGUGUCUCUGCAUGCGUACACCCCCAACGGAGGGAACCGCAUUCUUGAGGUCAGUCCCGUAGAGCUUGGCCAUGACAGCCCAAUACUCAUGAAGAAGAUGUACGGCUUGGAGCAGAGUCCCACCCUGGCAGAGAUCCAAAGUAUGUCCGAGUCGUCCCGCUCCCUCAGCCCCAACUCCACUGAACCUGACACUCCGUCACCUACUGGGGGUCAACCAGGGGCCGUGGGGGCAAAGGCCAACACUCGCAUCCCGCAGCUGUCCUCCAAGAAGAGCCCGCUGGAGGAGGACAGCGGCUCUACUGGAGAAGACACAGAUUCCACUGCCAGCCGCAAGAAACACACCUUCAAGAUCUUCAAGAAACAGAGGAAAUAAGGGCUACAUGAACUACAGGGCUAUCAAUGCUGUGUGACUGUAUUCCUCUGGUCUGUUUUUGAGAAAAGUUUUAUGGGUUCUUUAAUGGUGAAAAGAUGGUACAAUUUGUUGCCGUUGCAUCUUUUGGUAGGUACGACACCUACUCUAAGAAACUGUGGGAGCAACCAGAUGUUCAGUUUUAUCUGCUUUUUGGUCAAUGUUCAAUAUGUGGGGAAUGGGUAAGUUUGUAUAUUGGAAUGUAAAGUAUUAUUUAUUCUGCAGGAAGUUGUGCCAGUCCCAAAGGCAAAUGUUUUGUCACCAGUUUUCUUUCUUGUUCCUAAAUAUUUAACAUGUUGCAUGUCUUCACUUUUGUUUGACUGGUAGGCUACUUGAAUGCUCUUAGUGUUUGCUUGGUUAUGUUGUUAACCUGCUUAGACAACACUUGAUGUUUCUUUUAUUACUACCUAACCAACUAGCCUACACGUUCAAAGUGAAUGUGCACCUCUUUGUUUCACUCAAUACUUAGUUUUUUAUCGAAGGUUACCAUUUUCCCUGUCUCUUCUGGCAGAGUAAAUGACACAAUCAAGAGAUCCUCAAACUGAAGAGUAGUCAAUACAAUCUCAAGAGUGGUACAACAGUGACAUAAAGAUCAUUUUGGGAACAGCAAUUUCAGCUAUUGGUUGAUUUAGAAAUAAUAUAGAUAUUAAUAAUGUGUAACAUUGGAUCUCAAGAUGUUUACAAUAAAGUCAAUUUCACUUUAACAAGUUACAAAAGGACCAUCAAAUUCCAGCAUUAGAUAUUUUGCUUUACUUUUAGUAUUUAGGUGUCGAGUGCAUGAGAGUGAGAGAAAUGCUUUGCUUUAAGUGUCUAGCUUUUAAAACAUGCCAACAAGUUUAACCACUGAUUCAUAUUUGGAAUAUCACGUUUCCUCAAUGGAGUAGGUAGUGAUCAACGUUUGUAGUUUCUCCGUCGAUUACCAAGAACAUCAUGACUUAUGAGACUGCGUGUUAUUGUGCUUUUAUUUAUCUUUGUAUUGAAUUUAAAAGUUACAUCAGAGAAAAAAGUACAUUAUAUACCGAGACAACAUAUAUAUCAAAGAUUUUAACACAAAAUACUAAAGCACAUGUUUACUGAACUAUUUGACAAAGAGUAAUCUUUUGUGUUUUAAGAUUUGGUUCAAGUUUACCGUUCCUUUUGGCUCCUGCUUUCCCCAGUCCUAUUGAUUUUGUUUAAAUAACUAUUUAGCUGAGAAUGAAAACUUCUCAGCAGUUUGUCGGUUUAAGAUGGGUGCUGGUAAGGGCUAUAGUUACCAGGCAAAUUAAUUUGCUCUGUUUGAUAUAAAUGUUUAAGUUCUAACUCCUUUACAAUUCACCUUUUAUGGAAGAUUUAGCUUAACGAGUCAUGUCAAAGUGCCAAAUCUAUCCAAACUGUCAGAAGCCUUUGUAUAUGUAGUGUGUGCGCCCCCUUUACAAAGAACACAUGCUUUAUAUGAACAGUGUGUAAUGUAUCUCCUGAGCUUCAAUGCUGAAUGUCAGAGGGUAAUGUUCCUGUAACAGUAUCAUCAGUACAAUAUGUUUACAUUUGUUACAGAUAAUUACUACUCUCAGAUUAUCGCAGCAAAAAACAUUGUGCCAGUUUUAAUAUUGACAGCUUCAUAUGAGCACAGAACUAUGCAUCAGUAGUUGUAGGUGAUUGCUAAAGUAGUAAGGACGCCAGUACACUUAGGGUGUUCCUGACCAAUGAACAACCAAAAAGUGCUGCAGACGACACAGUGGGCCUCGACGGCCUCAUAAUGUAACAGGUGGUCUAAAUGUAUACGACUUGUUUGAAUGCUUUAUUUUAGAAACCAGCAACAACAAAAAAAUGGAUUUCCUACUGGUACUUUUUUUUUUUUUAAAGUGUCAUUUGUACCUCUUUGCACGACAGAGCUGUUAAUGUUUUUGCCAUCUGAAUGUGUGCGUGUGUCUGUCUGCUCCGAGUAUAAUGCACUGUAUUGUUGAUGCAUGUCAAAUGCUGUAACAAACCUAUAUUGGGUCAAAAAGAGUUACCCACCCUACUUCUUCUUUCUCUUCAUUUUCAGCUUCUAUUUAUGAAUUCACACAGUAUAUUUGUACAGAGAAAAUGACAAUUUUGCAUCUUCUGUGAUGGUCUAGACUUUUACGGCACUCCUGCAUGAUAGCAAUAAACUAUUUUGAAUGAAAAA